AUGAGGACGAGGGACGAGGCCUCCCCGGCCAGGGCCGCAGCCUGGGUGAUGGGAGCCUGGGCGGGGAAGGGCGUCUGGCCCGACCUCACACAGAACCUAAGCCCUGAGCACAGCGGCUCCCGAGAAGCCCUGACGCCAGCCUCGGCCGCGCUCUGCCCGUGGACAAAUCUCGCGAGGACGAUGCAUCCCUCGCCGAGAAAGGACAGACCCACCGAGCACCUGUCACGAGAGGAAACGCAAGCAGCCCGUGUGAUCACCGGGGGAGGAGCCCCUACACCGGCCCGUCGUGCCCGGCGUUUUCCGAAGGCGCCCCGCACCAAAUCCUGGCCUCAGGGAGGCGCUCGCCCCGACCCCUCCUCCUCCUGGCGCGUCGCCCCAGGGCCCGAGCCGUGCAGCCCGCGUGGGGACCCGCGUCCUCUCCCGCCCACAGCCCCACCGCCCGUGUCCUGCGGCCGGGCAGGGCCGGGAGUGCACGGCCCCGCUCAGUCCUUGCAGGCGGCCCGCGCUCACCGGCCCCGCAGCAGCCUCCGCCGCCGUCAGCACCGCCCCGCCCCGCGCGCCGUGAUGACGUUGUCUACCCCCAUUGGCCGCCGCUCCAGGACCCCGGGGAUUGGCUGCCCCAGCUUUGCGUUGGCUCCGACGCCCCGCCCCCGACCGCGCCGAGUCCCCAUUGGCUGCCGGCCGGCGGCCUUCUCGCGGCGGGAGAAUCGCGGGGCCCCGAGCGGAGGCCGCGCGCGGGGCCGGCUCGCCAUGGAGCGACUGCGGGAGGUGCGGGCGCACCUGCAGGCGUGGGAGCGCGCGUUCCGGCGGCAGCGCGGGCGGCGGCCGGUGCAGGAGGACGUGGAAGCGGCGCCCGAGGAGACCCGCGCGCUCUACCGGGAGUACCGCGCCCUGAAGGAGACCCUGCGUCCGGCCAGCGGCGCUGGACCCCGCGGCCCCGUGCAGGCGCUCCCGGAGGCGGCCGAGGAGGUGCCCGAGCCCAGCUGCUGGGGCUCCCACCUGAAUCGGGCUGUAACCCAGAGCCUCCCCGCUGCUGUCGCGCCGAGCCCUCGCGGGUCUGUGCCGGACUAUGGGAAGCGGCUCAAGGCAAACCUGAAGGACGCUCUGCAGGCGGGGCCAGCCCUGCGCCGAAUCCCCCGGCCUCCGCAAAGACCCCCACCCCAGGUGCCUGCCCCAGGGCUGCCAGCCGCAGGGGCCGACCCCGUGUCUCCUGAACAAGUCAGUGAGGUGCUGCCCCAGCUCCCCAGGGCCCAGCUAAGGCCAGGCCGGCUCCAGCAGCUGCAGGAGUCCCUGAGCCUGCGGCUGGGCUCCCUCGAUCCUGGCUGGCUACAGAGGUGUCACAACGAGACCCAAGGUUUUCUGGUGACUUCCGAGGCCUGCCAGCCUGUCCUGGGUACAGAGGAGCCACCGCCCCUGACUCCAGGUUCUCCCUCUGGUCCUGGCCCCAGCACAGGCCCUGAGGCACCUUUUCUGGGCUCAGAGGCUCCAGCUACGAAGGUACCUGGGGUCAGUGCAGGGAACCCCCUACUGGGCAGCAGUCAAGGCAAGAAGCGGAGAGAGAGUGGGGAGCUAAAGGGGACGGCUGCUGCCCAGGCCCAUCAGCACAGCAGCCGAGCAGGCUCCCCGCCAGAGGCAGCUGGGGCGGUACUGCCUGCAGGAGAGUGUCCAGGGGAGCCCACGCAGGCGCAGCUCCUCACCGGCCCCUCAGCCCCCAGGCCAGCUGUCCGGGACAGGGGUAAUUACGUUCGGCUCAACCUGAAGCAGAAACGCUAUGUUCGGGGCCCUGCCCUGCGUGGCAGACUCCUCCGAAAGCAGGCAUGGAAGCAGAAAUGGAAGAAGAAGGCGGAACAUCUGGGGGGUGGUCAGCCCAAUGCCCCAGUCAAGGAUUCUUGCUUCCGGUGUGGGCAGCUCGGCCACUGGGCGUCCCAGUGCCCCAGACCAGGCCCCAAACCUACCCGGGUCCCCAAGGAGGAGGGUGGCAGAGACGAAGAGGAUAGGCAGAUGCUGCCCACGUUAGCGGCAGUAGCUCAGAGGACACACGCUGCCUGCAGCCAGCUCCGUGGUGAGGGAGAUACAGAUCCUGCUGGGUCUGAGCUCCUAGUGCCCGCGGAGGCACCUGUGCCUGGGGGACCCUGCCCAUCCCCAGCUGUGCCGCCACUCUACCUGCCGGGUCCCUUGGGGCAGGUGGCAGCGACGCCAGUUGAGGUGUUGCAGGCCCUGGAGCAGCUGGGGCACCGAGCCUUCCGCCCUGGGCAGGAGCACGCAGUCAUGCGAAUCCUGUCUGGCAUGUCCACACUGCUGGUGCUGCCCACCGGUGCCGGCAAGUCCCUGUGCUACCAACUCCCUGCGCUGCUCUACGCCCAGCGAAGCCCCUGUCUCACGCUGGUCAUCUCUCCUCUCCUGUCCCUCAUGGACGACCAGGUGUCUGGCCUGCCCCGAGGCCUGAAGGCGGCUUGUGUACACUCGGGCAUGACAAGGAAGCAGCGAGACUCCGCCCUGCAGAGGGCUCAGGCAGGCCAGGUGCACGUGCUGAUGCUGUCACCCGAGGCAUUGGUUGGAGCUGGGACCGGGAGCCCUGCCUGCCUCACUCAGCUGCCCCCAGUGGCCUUUGUCUGUAUUGACGAAGCCCACUGCCUCUCUCAGUGGUCCCACAACUUCAGACCCUGCUAUCUACGUGUCUGCAAGGUGCUGCGGGAUAGCCUGGGCGUGCGCUGCUUCCUGGGUCUCACAGCCACAGCCACACGCAGCACCACUCUCGACGUGGCCGAGCACCUGGGCAUAGCCAAGGAGGGUGUCCUCAGGGGACCGGUCACCAUCCCUGCCAACCUGCACCUUUCUGUGUCCAUGGACAGGGACCCAGACCAGGCUCUGGUGACACUGCUGCAGGGGGACCGCUUCCGCACCCUGGACUCCGUCAUCGUCUACUGCAACAGGCGUGAGGACACCGAGCGGGUCUCCGCUCUGCUGCGCACCUGUUUGCCCGAGGCCAGGGCUCCCGGGCCUGGAGGCCGGGCCCCGGCGGCUGUGGCUGAAGCCUACCAUGCCGGCAUGUGCAGCCGGGAGCGGCGGCGGGUGCAGCGGGCCUUCAUGGAGGGCCGGUUGCGGGUGGUCGUGGCCACAGUGGCCUUUGGGAUGGGACUGGACCGGCCCGAUGUGCGGGCUGUUCUGCACCUGGGGCUGCCCCCGAGUUUUGAGAGCUACAUUCAGGCCGUGGGCCGGGCUGGGCGUGAUGGGCAGCCUGCACACUGCCACCUCUUCCUGCAGCCCCAGGGCGAGGACCUUCGGGAGCUGCGCAGACACGUGCAUGCCAACGCCAUCGACUUCCUUGCUGUGAAGAAGCUGGUGCAGCGUGCGUUCCCGCCCUGCACCUGUGCCCGGCGGCGGCCUGAGCAGGAGGGAGGCGAGCGACAGGAGGGAGGCUCCUCCAAGCAACCCAGCCAUGAGCAGACAGCCCGGUGCCCGGGCCACAAGCGGGCACUCCCAGUGCAGCCGACAGUGCAGGCUCUGGACAUGCCUGAGGAGGGUGAGGAACUGGCAGGUGUUGGGGGGCACCUCACAUUCCCAUGUCCCCUGAGCCCCGCUCUUCCUCCAGUCAUUGAGACUCUUCUGUGCUACUUGGAGCUGCACCCACAGCACUGGCUGGAGCUGCUGGCACCCACUUACACUCACUGCUGCGUGCGAUGCCCUGGGGGCCCCACCCAGCUCCAGGCCCUGGCCAGCAGGUGUGUCCCCUUGGCUGCGUGCUUGGCCCAGCAGCUGCCUGGGAACACAGGUGGGGGAAGCAGCACUGUGGAGUUUGACGUGGUCGAGCUGGUGGACUCCAUGGGCUGGGAGCUGGCCCCCGUGCGGAAGGCCCUCCACCAACUGCAGUGGAACCCGGAGCCCAGGAAAGGUGUGCCUCGGGGCACAGGGGUGCUGGUGGAGUUCAGCGAGCUGGCCUUCUACCUGCACAGCCCUGGAGACCUGACCGCCCAGGAAAAGGACGAGAUCUGUGGCUUCCUUCAUGACCGAGUGCAGGCCAGAGAGCGGGAGGCCCUGGCCUGUCUGCGCCUUAUGUUCCAGGCCUUUCACAGCGUAGCCUUCCCCAGCUGCGGGCCAUGCUUGGAGACGCCGGACGACGACCGCAGCACCCGGCUCAAGGCCCUGCUCAGCCACUACUUUGAGGAAGAGGGGCCAGGGGGUGAGGAGGAAGCACAGGGCCCAGAGCCGGGACAGGCCAAGCUCCAGGACUGGGAGGACCAGAUCCGAAGGGACGUCCGCCACUUCCUGUCCUCGUGGCCAGAGCAGCAGUUCUCAGGCAGGGCUGUGGCCCGCAUCUUUCAUGGCAUCGGAAGCCCCUGCUUUCCAGCCCAGGUGUAUGGACGGGACCGGCGCUUCUGGAGGAAGUACCUGCACCUGAACUUCCACGCCCUGAUCAAGCUGGCCACCGAGGAGAUCCUGCUGUGGGGCCGCUGACACCCGGCCACAAGCAGGCCCUGUCCCCCACGUCCGACACAGGUGUGGCAGGCACAGGGAGAGUGGCAGGUGCAAGACCCAAGACGAGGGGCUGUCAGUGGCUGGGACAGUGGCUGACCUUGGACAAAGCCUACUGCCCGGAUGUGGGCACAAGGAGGCCCCAAAAUACAAAAUAGAAGACGCUGGAGUUGUU